AUGAAGAUCAUAUGUAGCUUGAAGAUCGACGACGAUAUGACAAGCCAUUUGAUAACGGUGCACAUUAUGCGGACACAAGGUGCCUCACAUAAGAUUGAUGCAAACUUGUUGAGAGAUGUUUCAAAUAAAGGGUUUGGGUUAGCACAAAAUCCAGAAUGCUGCGGUUAUGCCGGGUUCAACUUAAGUGGAAGUGAAAGACUCUAG